AUGCGACAACUGAAGUUCCACGAGAAGAAGCUUCUGAAGAAAGUAGACUUUCUUCAAUGGAAGAAUAAACACAACCUGCGGGAGCUUCAGGUGAUGCGCCGGUACCACAUCCAGGACCGGGACGACUACAAAAAAUACAACAAGCUGGUGGGCAUGGUGACCAGCCUGACCUCCGUGCUGAAGAAACUGGCCCCCACCGACCCCGCCCGCAUCGAGCUCACUGAGAAGCUGCUGGACCGGCUGCACGACAUGGGGGUCAUCACCACCAAAAAGAGCCUGGUCCAGCUGGAGAAGCUGAGCACCGCGUCCUUCUGCCGGCGCCGCCUCCCCGUGGUCAUGGUGCGAGCCAAGAUGUCUGAGACCCUGAAGGAGGCCAUCACCUUCAUCGAGCAGGGCCACGUCCGAAUAGGACCAGACACAGUCACCGACCCUGCCUUCCUCGUCACGCGCGCCAUGGAGGACUUCGUAACAUGGGUGGACACGUCGCGCAUCAAGCGCAAGGUCAUGCAGUACAACGACCGGCUGGAUGACUACGACCUCAUGCACGUCCACUAUGGGCGAGCAUCCAUGACCGCCCUGUCACGAAUCCCCGCUUUCUUUGUCUUCCCCACCCAAGACCUGGACGUGGAUGCGGUGGCUUCCAACCUCUCCUCGUCCACGCUCUCCUCCCUGGACACUCCUGUCCUGUGCUUCUUGGACCAGCCCCAUCUGCACCAGCGGGCUGAGCUUGCCGCAGAAGUUGCACGGCGGAUGGAGGCCGCAGGGAGUCUAUCACCCCACUGGACAUGGCCGGAUGUGCCCAUCCGCCAACUGGAACCAGAAGCUUUGACUGCUUCCGGCGCCGGGCUGGCCUCCUGUAGGGCUGGGGAUGAGCAUGCGCAGACGGAUUCCGCUGGCGACGCGACGCGAGGCACCUGCUGUGCGCAUCAAGGCGACUGCAGCGCGACCGCCCCUGCAGAUUCCAGUGUCGGGGAGCUGCGAGCCGCAGGGUACCGCUGGAGCGGCACUGAGAUGGGUGCCGGCCCCGUGACCUACAUUUGGAUUGGGGCUCCAGAUGCACCUGCACUCCAGCUCCUCCAACUCACCCGCUCCACGCUGCCCUGGUGGACCCUUGAUCCCACGACGUACACCCUGGAGGAGGGCCUGCCGGUGGGGGUGCGGCGCCUGCUGCGGCGCCGGUACGCGCUGAUGGAGAGGGCACGGGAUGCCAGCAUCGUCGGCGUUCUGGUGGGGACCCUGGGAGUGGCUGGGUAUCUUGGAGCUGUCGAGCAGCUGUGCAAUGCUGCCGAAGCCGCCGGGAAGAAGACAUACACGCUGCUCAUGGGAAAGCCCAGCCCAGCCAAGCUGGCCAACUUUCCAGAGAUAGAGGUGUUUGUGCUGGUAGCAGACCCUCAGGGCCAGAUCCUGGACUGCAAGGAGUACCUCGCCCCCAUCAUCACACACCACGAGGCCAUGCUGGCCUUCUCCCCAGACUCGGAGUGGGAUGAGUCGCUGUACCGGCUCGACUUUGGAACUGAUGGGCCUGCACAGGCCUCGGAGGAGACCGACGCCACAUCAGAACUCGCGCUGCGCGCCGCCAAGGGCCUGCGCCUCACUCCGGUCGCGACGACGGGCGCGCACGCCUUGACCCCGGCCUCGGCCGCAGACUACCUGGUGCACAAGCGCAGCUGGAGGGGCGUGGAGGCACCGCUGGCGGGGGCGGCGCCGGCAGUGCCCCGGGCUGCGGUGGAGGGAAGGUCUGGGCGGGCGGCAGGGUACCAGGGCGAGCCGUCCAAUCUGUAG